GUCACCGAGUUAUGCGGACAUGAUCCCAACAAACAGGACCGGAUUUUAUAGUUCUUUAUCAGAUAAACUCUUAACAGUAUAUCCUGACUUAAAUAUUACCGUUUUUGUGAAUACUUAUGUGACUCCACAGUGAUCUAAUCAAAGGAAUUACUGCCCAAGUCAAGAUGAAUAACCCACCGUGGCCCAACGGAAAGAAAGUUGUUCACUUGGAUUUGAAAGGUGCCCCUCCGAAAGUGGAAUACCUUCACCAGCUGAUCGAAUGCUUCGCUCAACUUGGUGCCGAUGGUCUUCUCGUGGAAUAUGAGGACAUGUUUCCUUAUGAGGGGGCUCUGAAGGUGCUGCAGGCCACAGCACAACCUGCAUACAGCCGAGAUCAGAUAUUAUCCAUGCAGAAAGUUGCAAAAUGUAAGGGAAUGGAGGUCAUACCACUUGUGCAGACUUUUGGCCAUAUGGAGUUUGUCUUGAAGCAUCGACCCAUGUGGAACCUGAGAGAAGUGCCAAACUGCGUGGGGACUCUGAAUCCUCACAAGGAAGAAGGACUUAAACUUGUGAUGGAAAUGCUGAGGCAGGUGGUGGAGCUGCAUCCAGAUCUAAAAACAUUGCAUAUAGGUGCAGAUGAGGUUUACAUGUUGGGUGAGGGUGAGCUGUCAAAAUUGUGGUUGGCCUCACCUGGACGCACGGUGGAACAGCUUUUCUUGAAUCACAUUGCUUCCGUGGUAAAGUACAUCAAACAAGUGUGGCCUCAUAUGACCAUCAUCAUGUGGGACGAUAUGAUGAGGGGGAUGAGUCUGGACACGCUUAAAGCGAGUGGUUUUGUUGAAGUAGUCCAACCAAUGCUGUGGGACUACACCCCUAACCUGGACGUGGAGAAAACAGUGUCAUUGCUGGAGAAGUACUACGGUGCUGGGAUGCAACACGUUUGGGCGGCCAGCUCCUUUAAAGGCUCCACCAAUGUUCACACCAAUGUACCCAGCACACAGAGACAUGUUGAGAACCACUUGCAAUGGUUAAAAGUGGCUGCAUCCGUGUCCUCUGGCUUAAACAUUCGGGGUAUUGCCAUGACAGGUUGGCAAAGGUAUGACCAUCUCUCAGUGCUGUGUGAGCUCAUGCCUGUGGCUCUUCCAUCACUAGCGGCUUGUCUCCAAACGCUUAUCCAUGGCCAGUUUAGUCCAGAGGCUCAAAACAAAGUGACUAAACUGUUGGGUGUCUCCUCCGUGGAGGCAGAGUCCAUGGGAAGUACGUCUGAUGAUGCCACCCUGUUCCCGGGAAAAAGACUAGCGGAGUCGAUCGUAGAACUGGAUUCACUGCUUUGCGUUGAGGACAUAAGGUCUUUUGAAAGAAAUAUGUAUGUAAGAGGGUGGUUCAGUCCCUACCACAGAUCAAGAAGAAUGGCAAACCCUCUCAUCGCUGUGCAAAUUCAAAGUCAAGCAUCAAUGUAUUUGGCUCUAUUGCAACAGAAGAUAGAUGUUGUAAGAGAGGAGAUGAGCCAUCUUUAUCCAAAUUCAACAGCUCAAGAGUGGAUAGAUGAACAUGUUAGCCCAGUGAUGGGCCCCAUACAGAGGAUUAUAGAAGAAAUCACAGAAUGUAUAACGGAAAUAGUUCCAGAGAAUCGUUAUCCAUUUCAGCUCUAA